AUGGACCUGGCGAGCCGAAGCAAUCUCGAGGCGAGCGGCAGGGAUGAUGCCUGUGUUGUGGCAAACGUGCUGGCACCGCCGCCAAAGGUCGAUGCCGCCGGAGGAAAUGUGAUGGAGGCCGACCACGGCGCCGCGGACGACGAUCACGGCUUCGAAUCUCGCUCAGAGCAGCCGCUGGCCUCGUGCUGUGUGGACACGCGUCGUUACCCGGACAGCUGGCGACAUACACGGCCGCGGCGCUAUGCCUUUGAACGACCGCUGCACUCCUACCAGAUUGCCGGCCAGAUGUACUGCCUGGUGGUCAUCAUAUUGUUUUGGUCUAGCGUGUUUGCAGCCUACGUACUGCUCUACACCCAGGACAAGCAGGACUGCCUGGCUGAGCUCGUGGCGUUCGCGACGCUCUUUGGAGCGGGCGUCGUGUGCGUGUACAUCUUCUUUUUCUGGCUCUCUUUCAAGGACUGCACGGACCGCAGCAACUCGGGUGAGCUGUGCAUGUUCUGCCGCCGUCGCACGCAUGUGGACUCCAAGCACUGCAAGGCGUGCAACAAGUGCGUGGAGGGAUUCGACCACCACUGCAAGUGGCUGAACGUGUGCGUCGGGAGGGAGAACUACAUCGCGUUUUUCUGCUUCGUGAGCGGAAGCGUGUUCACCAGCUUCACGGCUCUUGGCAGCGUCAUCUGCUUGCUUGCGCGGUGGUGGCAUGUUCUCGCGGAGCGCCACAGCGCCUACUUUCGCGCGGGCCCGGUUGUGCUGUGCUUCGUGCUCCUCGUCGGCAUCGUUCCCAUUCUGCACUUGUUCGGAUUUCACAUCUACUUACAUUUUAUACUGAGGACAACAACGUAUCAGCACAUUGUAGGCAAGCGCGAGGAGACCUUCCAGAUCCCGGCCGAGGGGGCAGCCUCAACGAAGACAAGCUGUUGCUGCUGCUAG